AUGAGUCUUUGCGACCGGUCCGACACACGCCACAGUUCACCCACACGCUCGCCGACAUCCACCGUGGAUGUUUGGUCGCUACGGACAUUUGAGAGCCCCGGCAUCGACAAGGAUCCCAUCGAAGGCAUCGACGAGGAUCCCAACGAAGGGCAAGCAGAAGGCUCUACUCCUAGACUCGACGACCUCAAAGCGGACCCCACCUAUCCCCGACAGCUGCUGGCAGCCGAUCUCGCGCUCGAGGAUGUCGAGGAUUUCGAGACCAUCUUGAACGUUGACGGCUUCUUCAGCACCUGGCUUUCGGAUUGUGAGCCUUUCCCGAGGCCUGAGCGCAGUGAAGGUCGGAGGCAUUCCUGGCUGCAGCACAAAGGCCAGCAGUUGGUGCUGCCGGCGGGACCUUGCGAGCUGCCAUGCGAUGGUCGAGCCAGCUUCGUGUGCCGCUUCUUCGUGCAGCUUGAGGAGGACGAGGAGUUUUGCUUGGUCAAGCGACUGCUGGGCAAAGGCGGCUGCAACAUGAAGGAAGUCGCCGAGAACUUCAACGCGAAGGUGCGGCUCCGCGGCAUUGGCAGCGGGUUCCUGGAGGCGAACGGGAGGCAGGAGGCGCCAGUGCCACUGGAGAUCCACGUGAGCUGCAAAGACUUUGGGCAGUACCUCAACUCCGUGGCAACAGUGGCCAUCACUUUGCAGCAGCUCUACCGCCACUAUGCGCGGUAUGCGCGGUCCAAGGGCCUCGAGGGCCCUUUGCUCAAGGUGAAGGUGGAAGAGCUCCGGCGCAGCGACCACGGCUGGGACCCGCGCUUCUUUCUCGGCCGCGGUGCAAAGCGGCCGCCCGUGGGCAGCGGGCCACCGGUCACGGGACCAUUCACCUCGGAGGUGGGUGGCGGAGCCUUGCAACGAAGAGAAGGCCGUUGGCCAAAGCGCGCGUGCUGGCGAGCACAAGACCAGGGACCGAGGCCCGGACCACUCUGGAGGCCCAAGAAGCCUUCCAGCUCGAGUCAUCGCAAGGCCUUGGGUUGA